AAAUUGUUGUCAAAACUACGUUAUACUGUUUAUACAAACAUCAAUUUAUUUAAAUUUUAAACACAUCUUCCAGGCGAAUAUUAUGGAGUUUGACUAUAACGACAAACUGUCCUUCCUAGCGGAAUGGUACGACUACGAUUCCUCCUAUAAGAAACGGUUCGUGCUGAAUUUCCACCCGAGCGAUAACACUUUGGAAUUAUACGACCGGGAUCUGAAUAGGACUUACUUGAAACGUACGAAAAUGGACAAUUUGGAACUUAAGGACGUGUUUGUUGGUAACACGUUACGUAUCUACGGACGUCAAGUAAGAAUAACGGACUACGCAGACUGUAGAACCGAAAACAUAAUCGGGCAUACCAAGCAGCACACCUUCGCCCUAAUUAAGCCCGAACUGUUGCCCAAACUGGGAGAAGUCAUCACGGAGAUCCAGCGGAGAGGAUUCCAGAUAUGCAACAUGAAAAUGGCGAAUUUGACCAGAAAAGAAGUGUUGGACCUAUUUGAACCGUACAAAGGAGACAGUUUCCUACCGUUUAUCCUUGAGCACCUCAUCUCGGGAUCGGUGGUAGCGGUAGAACUAGUGGGAGAUAACGCGGUAGCACGUUGGCUGGAAGUCCUUGGACCGGAUGAUCCCCUGGAAGCCCGAAAGGACGCUCCGAACUCCCUUAGGGCGAUUUACGGGAGCGACAGUAGGGUCAUGAACGGAUUCCAUGCUUCCCGUGACGUCACGAGCGCUAUUAGGGAAGCGGAAUUCUUCUUUCCCAAGGAUAAAACGAAAAAAGUGCCGGAAACGAGUGUUUUAUUGAAAAACACCACUUGUGCGGUGGUGAAACCGCAUGCGAUCCUAGAAGGGAAACUCGGCCAUAUAAUUUCCGCGAUUAACGACUCCCAUUAUCGCAUUAACGCUUUGCAAAUGUUUUAUUUGAGUAACGCGAACGCCGAUGAGUUCUUGGAGGUUUACAAGGGGAUCGUGGAGGAUUACCACGCGUUGCUGCAGAGUUUCGUGGACGGGCCUUGUGUGACGUUGGAAAUCGCCGGAAAAAAUAAGGAAAUGGACGUGCACGGGGAGUUCAGGAUGUUUUGCGGUCCCGCCGAUUCCGAUAUUGCCAGACAAAUUAGACCGGCGACGUUAAGGGCACGGUUCGGGUGCGAUAAGUAUAAAAAUGCCGUCCAUUGCACGGAUUUGCCCGAGGAUACUGUGCUGGAACUGGAGUAUUUUUUUAAAAUAUUGAAAGAUUAGGUUAGGCAGUUUAGGGUUCUUUUUUUAUUUGAUGUGAUAAUAAAUUAUUUUGUGUAGUGCCA